AUGCCUCCCAGUCUGCUCGACAACCCAGCCAUCAAUGGCAGCAAUGCAACAAGCCAGACAACUUCAAAUACAUCACCUGCCUUCCUUGAUACCCAACCAGGCCCAGACUAUAACUGGAAAAUUACACUCGAGGGCAAAGUGAUUGCCAUUACCGGUGCCAACAGGGGUAUUGGUCUAGCUCUAGCAGAAGUCUGUCUAGCCAACGAUGCAGCCGCCAUUUUCAGUCUGGACGUAUUCGAGCCCGGCGAAGAAUUCGCCGCCUUACAAAAAGCAAAUCCGAAAAAAUUGCAUUACGUGCACUGCGAUGUCACUUCUGAAGAGAGUGUAAGCUCUGCAAUAGACGCUGUGAUUGCUGCACAAGGCGCUAUUCAUGGCUUUAUCGCCAAUGCAGGCAUGACCAAGCAUCAGCCAGCAUUCGACUUUACGCGCGCCCAGCUGGACCAACUGUUCAAUCUAAACGUAUUCGGCGCUUACUUUUGUGCAACUACUGUUGCUCGUCGGUUCAUUGAUCUAGGUAUCAAAGGGUCUAUUGUCUUCACUGCUUCUAUGACAUCUUAUCGACCCAAUCGUGCGGCGCCUUCGGCUCCAUAUGGAGCUACGAAGGGUGCAGUGCGGAAUAUGACACAUACCUUGGCUAUGGAAUGGGCUAAACAUGGUAUUCGUGUGAAUUCAAUUUCCCCCGGCUUUAUCAAGACUGCUAUGACUUAUUUUGUGGAUCAAGCUCCGGACUGGGAUCUCAAGAUGCAGUACUAUGGUGGUAUGCCUAGACUAGCUGACCCAAAGGAGCUUGGUGGGGCUUAUGUAUACUUGCUCUCUGAUGGUGCCUCAUAUACUACUGGAAUUGAUAUUCCGGUGGCUGGUAUUGUUGGAGCAUGGUAA